AAGAGAGCAGCUGUUUACAAAAACAAAACCAAGCGAAGAAGCGAAAAUUAUUGGCGAUUUUUGAAAUCCAAAUAAAAACUAGAUUAUACGAACCGAGUCGGAAAACCUUCGUAGAUUUGGGGAUGUUCUGCUGCCUACGCACCUGUCUCAAUGGAGGACACAUGAGCAAACCCACGGCAACCAGUCGCCUGCGGGAACCCGAUGUUCACCUGGAUGCAGCGCAUAUGGGACCUGAUGUUAUCCUGCUGUCACACCAGCUGCGCGUAACGGGCACUGGAGGCGUCCUGGCCACGGCGCCUUUGGUCCAGUCGAAGUCCUACUUCGAGGUGAAGAUCCAGCACGGAGGCAGCUGGUCGGUGGGCUUGGCAACGCGGCAAACGGAUCUCAGUCGCAAGAGCGGCGGCGGGGAUCGAGAGUCCUGGUGCCUGUGCUCCGAUAACGCCACACGGCACAAUGACCGGGAGGAGUUCCGACCAGUGGUGCAGGCCGCUUGCACCACUCAGCCAGCGAGGACGAGCAAUGGAAUCCUGAACAACAGUGCUGCCAAAGCGGCCGGUCUCAUUGCCAUCGAGGAUUUGCAGCAGGAAGAUCUGCUGAUGACCACUGGAGUGGCACCAUCCGAUGUGGAUAUCGGUGAUUCGUUGAUGGCAUCGCCACAGCGAGACUUUCCCGAUGAAGGGGACAUUGUGGGCGUUGCCUUUGACCAUGUGGAGCUGAAUUUCUACUUCAAUGGAAGGAAUCUGGAGGUUCCAUUCCGAAAUGUACGAGGAGCAGCACUAUUUCCCGUCAUUUAUGUGGGCAAUGGCGCUAUUCUGGACAUUAUCUUGGAUAAUUUUUCGCACGGGCCACCACCUGGAUUCGAACGCAUUCUAUUGGAACAGUCGCUUCUUUAGAUAGUCCACACAAAAAAGCCUUGAACAAAUUAGCUGCAUGAGAACAAAUUAUAAACAAGAAUAACUUAAAGACGGUGCAUUUUAGGACUUUAGGCUGCAUUUUAUUUCAUUUAACUUAAAGCUUUUAUUGAAUGUAAAAGUUUAGUUAAAAAAAAGACACUUCAAGUUGUAAAAUAUAAACUUGUAAUAUAAAACAAAUUAUGUCCACAUUUUAGUUUUAGUAUAAGUAAAUCCUUCUCUAGUCAAAAAGAAAAGUUUCCAAGCUAAAUUCUAUCUCACAACCAACCACAACAACUAUUAAAUUAUUAAAUUAUUUCACUUACUUUCACUUUACUUUACUUUUACUUAUAGUCGUAAAAUGCACUGUUCUGUUCUCAUUUAGACAUCAGGUGUAUAAACUUUGUAAACUCUCUAGUCAAACCGAAAGUAUUUGUAUAAUUUUAUUAAUGUUUUGUAAAUUAUUUACGUAGCUUGACCUCGCGACUGCAAUUGUAUUAUACACAGAGAUACGUAUCUGCAUACAGAUACAGAUGCAUUUUUUCGUAGGACUAGGUGGCGACAAUUCAAUUCUGACUUCAAACACAUUCCAAUUUACAACGGCAACGUAUUCCAAUUUACAACGGCAACGUACUCGAGCACGGAAUUACCUAACUAAUUGUAAGAAUAUAUCUGUAUAUCUAAUAAAUUGUAUCUACACGUA